AUGGUCGUUGCAGUGGAGGACAUGGUGGCUUUCACGGAUCAGGAGGCCGGGGACAAAGAGAUGGAGGACAGACCUAUACAUAAGCAUGAAUUUGGCUCAGAGGCAGAAGGCGCAUCAGAAGCUGAAGCCGGCAGUUCUGAGAAAGAAGAAGGUGAAGGCGCUGAAGAGAUGAAAAAGAAAAAGCCAGCAGAACCAGAAAAAAAAGCAGCAGAGUCUGCCUCUGAAUCAGUGGCGGAGGCUGAAGCCGAGGCUGCUUCUGCGUCUGAAAGUGAGGGAGCCACAAAAGAAGCACCUGGAGCAGCGGCUGGGGAAGCCCACCUCAAAGAGCUAGCUAGUGAAGAAACAGAAACAGAAAUGAAGCAUGUGUUGAAGGAAUCCAAAAAGGAGCAGGGGCCCUCCCGAGAUCUAGGCAGAGACGCCAUCAACCAACGCCUUGCCGCCUUGGGGGCACCCUUCGUCCUAGGAAAGGAGCACUUUACCGUGGAGUUUAACCACGGCGUGCGCUUACCUGCGUCCGAGUUCGAGGAGUCAGCUGCUGAGCGCUUAGGGGUGCUGGCCAGGGCGGUGUCUGCGGAGCCCAAUAUAAAAAGCGAGAAAAGUCUGUUUCUCUCGAUCGACAUUGAUGACCCUUCUUUGGGCACUGAUGUCCGUCUUGUUCAACUUAAAGUUAAGCCUGACGCCUGUUCAGUGCAAGCAGAGGCCGCCUGCAACACAGAGUGGCUCCUUCGUGAUCCCACACCUGCUGCGCUUCCUCACAGGAUUGUGCUGCUGGGUUUCUCUUCUCCCACGGGUAGCCAAUUUGAGUUUGAUGACGUUUUGAAACAAAUUCAGAACAAACCAAUGGACCUUGAUUUGAGAAGGAUCUCACUCACCCGCUUCUUCUCAGAUCACGCGAAGUUUUUCAACGACGCAAACGGAAAGUUUGCCGCAACUCCUUCUUGGAAUGACUUUGCGCUGGUGAACCACAAGCCUGGGGAAGGAAAUGAGAUGCAUAUGGACAGGCCUCUGCUGGAACUGCCGCCUAACGCUUCAGAGGCUCAGAAGGCCGAGGCACUUCGCAUCAGCCGAGAAACAAACGAAGAAAUAGAUGGGCUUUCCACACCUGAACACGGAGGCGAAUCUCCUGGUGCAGCUGGCAGGGUCAGCGCCUCCACUAUUUUCAAAUACGUCCUCGCCAGCCUACUGCUCAUCGGGCUCUUCAUAGGAAUCGCAGUUUCUGUCUGCCCCUGCGGAAAGCAGUCCAGCUAG